UUUCCCAAAGUAUCAGGUUUUUUUUUGCAAUUUCGCAAGGGCAGUGGCCACCCGACCUCUCUCACCCUUUCCUCUCCCCUUGAUUCCCCCCGAGAAUCGUAUAAAGAAGGGCUCUUUUGAUCUGGAUUCAAGCUCGAAAGGAGAACUCUUUCAUCCUUUUGUCUGUCGUCGCUUGGAUUUGCUUCCAGAAACGAGGGUUUCUGAAGGGGAUCGGAGCGGUUCUUGAAUCGAGAGGGCGAGGAGCAGAAAUGUACAACGCGAUGAUGGAUCCCGAGAUGAUGAGGCUCGCCCAGGAGCAGAUGAGUCGGAUCCCUCCCGAAGAGCUCGCCAGGAUGCAACAACAGAUGAUGUCCAACCCAGAACUUCUGAGAUUGGCAACAGAAAGUAUGAAGAAUUUGAGGCCUGAAGAUAUGAGACGUGCUGCAGAACAACUAAAACAUGCUAGAACUGAGGAUAUGGUUAAGGUUAGUGAGAAAAUGGCUAAGGCUACACCUGAAGAAAUUUCUGCCAUGAAGGCUCAUGCAGAUGCUCAAAUGUCGUAUGAACUCAAUGCAGCAAUGAUGCUGAAGAAACAGGGGAAUGAGCUUCAUAGCGGUGGGCAAUAUUAUGAAGCAGCUAAAAAAUACUUGCUUGCAAAAAACAACUUAAAGGAAAUUCCAUCAUCCCAAGGUGGCACUCUCCAGUUGCAAUGUUCUCUUAAUCUAAUGUCAUGUUACCUGAAAACAAGGCAGUUUGAGGACUGCAUCAAGGAAGGAUCAGAGGUUUUGGCGUAUGACUCAAAGAAUGUAAAAGCUCUGUAUCGCAGAGGUCAAGCAUUGAGGGAACUUGGAAAGUUAGAAGCUGCUGUCUCUGAUUUGAAGGAGGCUCAUGCAAUUUCCCCUGAAGAUGAAACUAUAGCUGAUGUCCUAAGAGAUGCCAAUGAAAAAUUGAUGAAGGAAGGUGGAGAUAGGAAUGUGUCACAAGGUUUGGUUAUUGAAGAGAUAGUAGAAGAAGAGUCCCAACCUGAGCCAUUAGACAGUCAUGGAAGUGCAGCAGACUAUUUGGUGACACAGCCAGUUGAAACUGUUGAGAGCUCUCAAAAAGUGAAUGGGCCUUAUCCUGGUUCCCCCGCUGAUCCUGAGUUGUUACAAAGCUUCAAGGAUGAUUCUGAAAAUGUCAGGUUAUUCCAAAAUUAUGUCUCAAAUGCCAACCCUGAUGCUCUGGCAGCUCUGGGUUUGCAAGGAAUGUCGCCUGACAUUGUAAAAACAGCCACAGAAAUGGUUAGUAGCAUGAAGCCAGAUGAGCUUCAGAAAGUGCUCCAAGUAGCUUCUUCCUUGAAUGGACAAGGCCCAGAUACAAGGUUAGGUUCAAAAUUUCCCGAAAUGACACCUGAAAUGGUUAAGAUGGCAUCGGAUAGCAUUGGCAAAAUGUCUUCUGAAGAGCUUCAGAAGAUGCUAAAGGCUGCUGCUUCAUUAAAUGUAAAUAGUGAACCUUUUCCAACACCAACAACAGAAGGUCGUGCCCAAAGAUCAGAAAGUGUCUUGCAAUCCUCAGUUGCUGCAGGUAGUUCCUCUAUGCAGGACGGCAAUGUGGGAAGCAAUGCGUUUAAUGAGCUUCUCAAUUCAAGAAUAGGUCAAUCAUCUUCUAGUAUCCCAACUUCAACAGCUGAUUUGCAGGAAAGCAUGAGAAAUUCACUGAAAGAUCCAGCUAUGCGGCAGAUGUUUACUUCUAUGAUGAAGAACAUGAGCCCAGAAAUGAUGGCAAAUAUGAGUGAACAAUUUGGGAUGAAGCUGUCAAAGGAAGAGGCAGCAAAAGCUCAACAGGCCAUGUCAUCAUUAUCACCAGAAGACUUGGACAGGAUGAUGCGGUGGGCAGAACGGGCCCAGCGAGGGGUUGAAACUAUAAAGAAGACAAAGAACUGGCUUUUAGGAAGGCCUGGCAUGAUCCUUGCGUUCGUUGUGCUUGUGCUGGCUUUCAUCUUUCAUCAGCUCGGAUACAUUGGAGGAUAAUCACCAAAUUUUUCCAAUCAUUGAGAAGUUCGAUAUCCUUGAAACGUCAUGAGGAUGUUGUCGUGGCAACAGAUGAUGUGUGUCAAUAGGCUUGUUUCUAACAUCAUUAGCGUCCUUUUCAUGCAAAACGCCCAUUGAGUAAUUAUGUGUAACCUGAGGAGUGGUCAAUCUGCCUGCAGGAAAGGUAAGUGAAUCAGGAACAAGCAAAGAUUAAUGGAUUCUAGUAGUUCUGUGCUUUGCCCAGAUGUGUUUAUAGCAAUGAUUUGAUGUCAUAAAACUGGAGACAAUUACAGUGAGGAGUUAGUGGCACCACUACAAAAUUUAUACUGUUAAUUUAGGACCUGUUUGGCAUUGUUACUGCCUUACUGGUUUCCCCGUCUUAAAAAAC